UGGCGCCGCCCAGCCGCGGCCGGGCUCGGCGGCGCUGGCGCUUCCUGGCCGGGGCUCCCCCGGCUUGAGGGACUUUCGGGUCGGGUGUCCCGGCAGCUCCGGUGCCUCGGUGCCGGUGGAGAUGGACCAGCGCCUGGCUGAGCUGGUGGAGGAGCUCACCACCUCGGGGGAGCUGCGGCUGGAGCCCGGCAGGAUGAAGGAGCUGAAGAAGAUCUGCAAGUCGUCGGAGGAGCACAUCAGCCACGCGUACCACCUGCUGGUGACGCGGCUCCAAGAGGAGCACGCCGAGAUGCGCUUCUCCGCCUUCCAGGUGGUGCAGGAGCUGUUCGCCAGGUCCCACCAGUUCAGGACGCUGCUCAUCUCCAACUUCCAGGAGUUCCUGGAGCUCACGGUGGGGAUAGACCACGAGCAGCCGCUGCCCCCGCCCAAGGAGGUGGCGCAGAAGCUGAGGAAAGCGGCCAUCAGGGCAGUGCAAGACUGGCAUGAGAAAUACGGGGAGGCCUACAAGCAGCUUUCCCUGGGAUACCACUUCCUAAAGCAGAACAAGAAGGUGGAUUUUCAAGAUGUACAUGCCAGAACUGUGGCUGAAAGGAGGAGGGAGGAGGAGAAACAAAAACGACUGGAGAACAUUUACAAAGAAAAAGUCAAAAGAACUGAAAAAGAAAUGCAAGAAAUGUCCCAAGAGAUUGCUGAUACACUGACAGAGAUGGAAAACUGUUUCCAGCUUCUGAUGCCAGAUCCUUUCAAUUUUGGGGUGAACGAGAUUGACCCAGAGCUCAGCAAACAAACAUCUGCUAAUGAGGCCGGACCUGCAUCCUCCUUGUCCUCCCAGGGGCAGGUUUACCCAUCCUCUUUGGGGUGCAUGGAUGAUGAACAGCCAUGCUGCAGCAAGGACAUUCUUCCUGUUUCUCAGUGUGUUACAGCUGAUGGAAACAAAGAGGUAGAUGAGAAGCCUGAGCAAGAAGAGCUGGAUGGAGACACACACUCGGACAUUGCAUUCAGCGGCCCUGCUCUCGAUGAUGAUGAUUACCAGACUUUUGUUAGGAAUCAUGGGCUUAUUUCACAUAAAUAUACUCUUGACCUUGAAAUCUCCACAGAUAUAAAAGUGCAAGAAAAUGAAGAUAAUACUGCCAUCAUAAACAGUGUCAUGGAUUCUCACAAACUUCUCAGAAAUAAGUUCUGGCCUUCUGUGCAGUCCUGGAUUCAGCUACUUACCAGAGCAGGAAUCAAUGAUGAUCGGCUAAGAUGUGCCAUUGAACUGAAGAAUAAAUUGGAGACUGCUAUGAAGAAAUACAAGGAAAUGGACAUUUCCUUUAAAGCAAGAAAAAGAAAAGUGAUGAAAGCCUCGGAUGAGGAUGAUGACGAUGAGGAUGAAGAUGAAUUUGUGGAGGUCCCUGAGAAGGAAGGUUAUGAGCCCCACAUUCCAGACCACCUGCGUAAGGAAUAUGGGCUUGAACCCCAGUCACCUCCAAAAGCCCCGGUGGCGAAGGCAUCGACGGGAGCAGCUCCACGGAGCUCCCGCACUCCGCUCAAAGGGAACGAGGAUGAACUCGAUCCCACCUGUGCAGCUGCCACCCUGAAACUUCUCAGAGACAAGCUACCAAAGUUACCAUCUCCUCAUGCCAGUGAAUCUGCAACUUCUGAGACAGCAAACUUGGAAGAUCCUGACAGUAAAAGAAGAAAACUAGAAGAAAGAGCUAAAGCUCCCCUCAUGCCUUUUGGAUUAGAUCUUCAUUACUGGGGAGAGGAUCAGCCGAGUGCUGGGAAGAUUCUCAAAUUUACCUCUGAGCACCGAUUUUGGGCACCCAGUGAAGUAGAGGAAGAGGUGGAAAAUAAAGAAAUAACAGAAAUGUUAAAAACCAGGUAUAUAACAUUUGCUGGCAAGUUUGAGCCAGUGAAACAUAAAUGUCGAGCACCCAUGCCUGAUGGAACUCUGUGUGAAAGACAGGAUCGGAUUAAGUGCCCUUUCCAUGGAAAGAUAAUUCCUCGGGAUGACUCUGGGAUUCCUGUAAAUGCAGAGGACAGAGCCAGAGAAGAAAAGAUGAAGUUUGAGAAGCAAGCAGCCCAGCCAGAGUGGCGAGAUCCAGAAUUCAUGAGAGAAGUUGAAGCUGCUACAGGACUGGAUCUUGGUUCCUCUAAAAGUAAUGGAAAAGGACAGAAAAAGAAAGGGAAGAAGCAAAAAUAUCCAAAUCUGACAGACCUGAAGCAGCAGGCUAACACGUCUCGUUCCCGGCUUGAGAAGAAAGUCUUCAAUAAAGGGGCCAUGAAACGGGUCAUGAAAGCCAUGAACCGGGUGGACCAAAGGAAGCACGAGAAGUUUGCCAACCAGUUUAACUAUGCACUGAAUUAAAUUCUUAAUCACCCCUCCCUGCAAUUCUUUAUUACAAGAGUGCAACUGCAAAGCCCUUAAUCAGAGAUAUUUGUAUUUACACUACAAUACUUUGCUAAGCACAUUAUUACAGGUGUCAUUUUUAAAUUGUUUCCAAGUGUAACUUAUUUGAUAACGAAUAUUAAUUUUGGAAAAGAUAUGGUGCUAUGGAAUUGAAUGCAUUUAAAAAGUUGAUAAUUAUUUGAAAUAUACAUGAAAUAGAGAUGUUUUAAUGACUUGUACAUAAUUUGGGUAAACUGUUCAGGUUUUGGGGCUUGGUUCUUUUCCUUCCUAAGAGACUUAUGUAAUUUAUAUUUCCUUUGACAGUACGUGUGUUUAAUUUUCUGCUUUCAUGCCUUUGGGGAAAAAGAUACUUUUAAAACAAUUUGAUUGCUGCCAGGGAUGGCAAUGCACAGAGCAUUUUUUCAGCUUAGUGUACAAAGUGAGCCACACCAAGCAGCACAGCAGCUGCUGCAGCACUUCUACAAACACCUUGGUGCAGAGUAAAAAAAUCCAAAUCAGCUGAUGCCUUCAGAUGAUAAACAGAGUAGAGUUUGAUUUCUGCAAACUGAAUUCCAGGAGCUAAGUCAGUCUUGGUAGCUGUGGCACAGAUGCAAGAGCUGAAAUGGCAAAGAUCAUCCUGGCCUGCUUCUUCCCAAGAUGCUAUCCCAGUAUCUUUCAGAGCUGCUCCUGGACAGCACAUUGUUAAAGUCUGUACAUGUAAACAGAAUGUGCUCUCAUUUAACUGCAGUUAAAAAAACUCCAGUAUGAAGUGAAAAUAAGAAGUUUAAGAAAAUCACUCAAGUGACACAAGUGACCUGCCUGGCUUGGAACAGAUAAAAUUGCAUCAGGCUAAAGCCCCAGAGUGUGUCUAAAUGACCCAGAUAUAAACACAAGCACCUGGAAUCUUCUAACUCCAGAGAGUUAGUGUGCAGCUGGAUCCACUGUGGGUUGUAGUUCUUGGCUGGGUACUUAAACAAAUCUCCCAAACUUGUUUGCUGGCUAUAGUCAAGCUUAAGGAGAGAAAAUGAAACAGUGACCAGUUGUGCUCUUGCAACAUUUCAUACAGCUUUAUGGGUAAAGAAAAUCCACAGAAUCAGGAGGGUUGUGUUUGAAAAUCAAUUUCAAAAUGACCUGCAAAAUUCUCCAAUAAAGUGCUCAUUACAGAGUAGCAUGAAUUCUCUAUAGCACAGGCUUAGUUACUCACCUGUUGGAGGUGUAAGGAGACUAAGAAUUAAAAACUGGGAAAAUUUUAACAACUCAGUGUAGCUUCUGACCACCUCAGACAAAAGCUAAUUCCCAGUUCUGCCAAAUACUUUCUGACUUGCACAAGUACUGCACAGAAAGUUAUUAAUGCUGACUUUUGAUAAUUUAUCUUGCAAGAGCUUUGUAAUUUGGAAGACAUAUUUUGUUCUUCAACAGAAGUUGAUAGACUUCUGGAAUACUGAAAAUAAAACAAUAAAGAGGCAGAAUUUCACGUAAUAUCUACUGACUGCACUGGAAAGUAAAGCCACUUCUACUGGCUAUUAGUCUUGCUAAUGUGGCAGUGAAGAUUCCAGGUGAAAAUGUGGAUAAUGACAAACCAAGUUCAUCACCAAGUCAGUUGAAUCAACUGCUAAACUGAUUUGAUUUCAUACUAAGGACAAAAUCACACAUACACACACAAAACAGAAAACACACAAACCCAACAACUCCCCCACCUCACACAUCUGAAUGUGGUAGCAACCAUUGGAUGCUGGGAUUCCCAGACAGUCCAAACUUAACUGACACUUGAUGUCACCUUCAAAGAGCCACAAAAGUCAUUGUGCCACUAUUCCAGAGAUUCUUGAACCUGCAGAGGCUGAAGGUGUUCAUUUAUAAAACAUACCUUCUCCCUGUAAGAAGAAUAGGAAGUUUAUAUUGUGCAGUGACUCUUAGCCCUCCUUUGCUGGGGCCAUGAAAUGUCAGCACUACAAAGUCCCAGCAAACAGUAGAUGCACUUGACCCCAUGGAGUUCCCAUUGUGGGCCUUUAAUAAAGAUCACAAAGACCAGGAUUGAGAAUGGAAAUGACAGAAAUCUGAUGGGGAAAAAAGUGUGGUUAGUCAGUUAUGUUCCACUGUGAGCAGCCUGGUCUGAUGGAUGGUGUCCCUGCCUCUGGUAGAGGGGCUGGAAAUAGGUGGUCUUUAAGGUCCCUCCUAACCCAAAGCAUGCUGUGAUUCUAAUGAUGCUACUCAUUCACAUCAGUUCUAGAAUUAUCAGCUAAAACUUCCUGUCUGGACCCAACUGUCCAAUCUGGCAGUUAAACCUAAUACUAUCACAUGAUCUGUGUGCUUUCCCCCUUCAUUUAUUAAAAGCAUGCAUGGAAAAAAAAAAAAAAUCAAAACCAACAAAGUCUUCCUGGAGUGGCCUCUUUCAUGCAGAAGGAGAAUUUUCAGAGUUAAGAGUCCCUGGCAGGUGACUCAGAAAUGGCCAGCUCAGACAGAGGUACCUGGACUGUGGGACAGGUUGAUGGCCAAUGAUGACUUUUUUUAAAGCUCUUCUGAUGACUUUCCUCUACAUCUUUUUCAUUUUUUUGCCCUGAGCCAAGAUGAACCAUUGACCCUUCAUAGGGAAAUGUGUAGACUGCACAUCCCCUGUUGCACUGUCUUUAUUCCCCUGGUCCAGUGUGGGACAAACCCUUCCCUUAACCCAUGUUAAUUACUGACACUUUUUAUUCAGUUAUUCCUCUACAAGAGCCACUCAGCCUGUAUACAUGCAACAGGUCUUGGAUGCUGUCACUUAAGCAUUCUCAUUAGACCUGGUCAGACGUAAUUCCAAGGGUUUGGGGGAGCUUUCUCCUUUUCCUGAGUUUAUCAGUAGAUGUGAUGGAAGAAGAAUUUUAAGAAGCCAUCUCUCUCCAAAGAUCCAGUAUACCUUCACUAAAUAGAAAUCCUUUUACCUUCAAAAAUUCAAAAUAGAUCAAUCUGCUUUUUUGAUACAUCACACUUUUUGUGUGCCAGUUUACUUAGAGCAGUUUGCAAAUUUGAGAUCCUGGGUUUACCAGUUACAACUGUCCCUGUGACAUUUCUACUGGAACUUUUCUAUUCCUGUCCUCAGGGCUUCUGGGGGAAAAGAAUAAAUACAGGUAUCAUUCACAUAA